CUUGACGUGUCGAUAGGGUACCGACAGAUUGGCUGGAUUUUGUCUGUUGUGAUGGUGUGCACAUAACCUUUGAUGAAUUUUUCUUGUUAUCAUCAAUAAAUCCGGCUAAACAUACGCUUUAUCGCUUCAUAAAUCAGCUGAGAAAAAUUAAAUUAUUUGCACCAACAUGAGCUUGAAGGGACUAUUAUCAUGUCGUGCCUUUCACACGACCACAAUUCAGAACGAAAUAAGAAAAUUAUCCCGACUAAGGGUCGUCGACAACAGUGAAAUUGGAAAACAAGCUAUGUUAGAAGGAAAACCACCAAAGUGUAUCCAAGUUUACAACAAACGUGGAGUGGGCUUAAUUGGGGAUAGAGUUCUAGUUGCCAUAAAAGGCGAGAAGAAAAAGGGAAUUCUCGUGGGUCUGAAGCAGAAGCAGAAUCCCAAGGUCCCCAGGUUCGACUCCAACAACCUCGUUCUCAUUGACGAUAAUGGAACUCCCCUUGGCACUAGGAUUCACGUGCCAAUUCCCCACAUUUUGAGAACAAUAAUGAAGGAGAAAACCCACUCGAAGGGGGCGGAUUACACGAAAUUAAUUGCAAUCGCCUCACGAUUUGUAUAGAGUUAAUAAAUUCACUGUAAUUGUAAUUGUUAA